GGAGGCAGAGCAGCUUUGCAGCACUUUUCCAACAACAGUGUGAGUUGCUUGGAUAAAAAGGUUGAUGCUCAGCCUGCAGAUGCACACCAGCUCAAGGAGGAUGAAGGGAACAAAAGGUGAAAGUCUCCAUUUGAGCGCCACAAGCCAAGGAUGAUAAGUGGACGACGGAGGGAGCCGAUGCUUCUUGAGUGAGAUGAUGAUUGAUGCUGAGGAGCAAAACAAGUUAAAGCCACAGGAUGACAGCCGCCAGCAGCAAUGUCAGUAGCCCCGCCUCCUGCCGCUCCUCACCCGCCUGCCUCCCAUGUCACUUGAGAAAGGGCGGAGCCACCCGAACUCGACUGCACCUGCGCUCGGCCCCGGGCGUGUGGCUGAUGGUGGGCGUGGCCGUGGUGCUGGCAGGGAUGAGCGUGGCCGUGGUGGGUUACGUGUCCGCUGUGCCCAAGCCUGUGGGAGGACGCGGGGGAAGCCAUGUGGAGAGAAUGAAACUGUCUGGGCCCGUGGUCAUGGGUGUGGGCCUCUUCAUCUUCAUCUGCGCCGCCACGCUGCUCUAUGAGAACCGGGAUCGAGAAGUCCACAGGUUAGAAACGUCGGAUGACUUGGAGGACCUGAACGGGGAUCUGGGCUGGGACGACUCGGAAAAGGACAGCUUCGACAGUCAAGAGCAGUGGGAAGAGAGAGAUGGCGACCAAGUCUCCAACCAAAACUGGGCCCUCUACCCGCCUCCUCUGGCUCUGGUUCAACAGAACCAUGAGGACAUUGGGAGAGAAGGUGAGGAUGAGAAAGAGAAGGGGGGGAAGUCAACUCUUCUGGCCAGAGUUCAGCACCAUCAGGAGCCAAGUCCUCAGUCUUCCUGUGGCGACACACCACUUCAUCAGUCCUCUGCCCACUUGGACUUUGAGAACCGUAACACAAGGGCAGCUUCUGUUCUCCUGCCGGAACCUUUACCAUCUCACAGGGUUUGAAGGUCGUGGACUCCAAGAUGGAAGACCUAUCCAUCCAUCCAUUUUCUACCGCUUAUUCCCUUCGGGGUCGCGGGGGGCGCUGGAGCGUAUCUCAGCUAGAACCGUAACACAAGGACAGCUUUUGUUCUCCUGCCGGAACCUUUACCAUCUCACAGGGUUUGAAGGUCGUGGACUCCAAGAUGGAAGACCAUCUAACCCUAAUCAGAUGUCCUGUAAAAGACUGCUGAGAAAGUAAAGGAAUUACAGAGGACUGACCUCAGGGCGUUUCAAAGGACUAUCAAGCGGUGAUCUGAUGCACUUUUGGAGAUUUUAUUUGAUCUUUUCGAAAAGUUUUAUGGGACAAAACCUCAAGCAUCUUUUAACACAUAGACUCUGCAAAAUUGGCGUAUCAGAGAUAUGGCGGACGCUUGUUUGACAGGGACAAUCACUUUCAACAGACUCUUGCAUCAGAGACGUAACAGGCUGCAACGGCAGAACGAGCAGUUAUUCGCCCGUGUCGCAAAAUUGUCACAAAAAAGAUGUAUCAGUAGAUUCCACAUUUAUUCGCCUGUGACAGAAAAUGUAACGUUGAGAAGGCAUUCGUCUGCUUGUCUGGCAGAAUUGGGGCAGCAGAGCCGUAACAGUCUACAAGGGUACAACAGGUGUGUGUUGUGUGUGAAGAUUGGUGCAUCAAAACUGUAACAGGCUGUAACAUUAAAACAGGUCUUUAUUCGCAUGUGCCGCAAAAUCUGUGAAUUACAGCCGUAACAGUAGAUCCCACAUCUAUUUGCCCGUGUUGCAAAAUUCGCGUAUCAGAACAGCAACGGGCUGUAACAGUAGAACAGGCAUUUAUUCACCUGUGUCGCAAAAUUGUCGCAUAAGAGACGUAACAGUAGAUUCCACGUUUAUUUACCUGUGUCAGAAAAUUUGCGAAUCAAAACUGUAACAGGCUGUAACAUUGACCAGUCAUUUAUCUACUUGUCUCGCCAAAUUAGGGCAUCAGAGACCUAAUAGCAUAUCCAAGUU